AGAACGGUGGCUUUGGGCCAGGGAAGCAGCGUGGUGUGAGGACUGUUCUAGCAAAAGAGGCGGUGUUUGUUACUGUACUGCGUCUGCUUUCAUCAUUUCAUUCAUUAAAGCCACUGUGGAAGCUGCUCUUCUUGAACGAGCAUGCCGUGUCGAAAGGAAAGCUAUUUGUUUGUGGAAGGGUCAGUGACUGUGGACUCUAAAGAGAUGGAUGGAUUGGUGGUUAGACUGGAGGAAACGUUACAAUUAAGUACGGGCAAUCACCGGCGAACAGCUUCAUCCUGCCCGUGUAGCCAUCAUGCAACCGCAAUAGUCUUCCACAACCGCUUCGGUGGUGGGGCUGUCCGUUGCCUCCCGAGCAAGAACCCCCGCAGCCGAGUCACGCCCUACUGCACACCGAAUUGGGGAAGUCGGCAAGAGUCCCGCUACGACGGUAGGAUGCCCCGGUCGUGGAAAGGAAAAGAGGCUGUGGGAUGUUCAACACAUGGGACCAGCGACCCGCACCAGCUGUUGGAAGAGCUGCUACUGUCUGGUAAUCUUAUCAAAGAGGCGGUAAGACGACUGCAGUUGGUGGCCGCCACCGGCGGUAGUAAGACUGGAGACCCGGCAACUGCGGACGGCUUAUAAUCAUUGGUACAUCGAGCCACCCCCUUACACAGACACUUCAAUAUUCAAUCAGUGCGUCCUUUGUCAGCAACUGUUUACACACUAAAGGGGUUUCCCGUGAAACACGUUCCUGUCAACGCUCCAAGGCAACCUGGGAAUGUGAUUUGAAUGUAAACAUGAAUGUUUUGGGGGCAUGAACGAAUAGGAUACGUAACUGAAAUUGACUUGAAUAAAAUGUUUGGAAACCCAUUUUUUAUACAGUACAAAUUUAUUAAGUCGUCAUGGACGGAUUUUUUUUAUUAAAUAAAUGUAUGUAUAUAUGAAAACUGCGGGGGUUGUUUUGUAUAGAUACCGUUGUAUCACCUCCCUCACAUUGUUUACAGUAUUUGGUUUGGGUGGAGCAAAUUCUGAGAAUUGAUUUUCCACUACUAACGGUAUGUGGUGGAAUGUGUAACUGAAGCUUUUUUGUUCGCACAGCCGUCUGGCAAGCAGACAGUUGUAUGACUUUUUUUUUAGGGGGAGGGAUGGGGGUCGUGCAAUCAAGCACGUAUAAUCUGCGACUGCGCGUUCCUAGAAAUCCAAACCAAGUUCCUGGACUUCCUAGAACAGCAUAACAGACAGUAACGCAUGCGCUUUGCGUUUCAGCUGAGGCCCGUAGAUUAACGCAUGCGUUCUGUGUUCCAGCGGAGGCCUCUGUGUCCUCAGGAGACCUCGUAUGAUAAUGCAAAUAAAACCGUUUGACUCCCAUAAUUAGGACUGCUCAGGGUUAAUCCUGUCCUUCGUGUCAUUAUGUUAUACUAUGUUUACAUGGGAACUUGUUAGCUAAUUGGUGGUAUAAUGUAUUUCGUCCGUGACUUUAGUUUGCGGGCGAAUUUAUAUUUAUUUAAACGCUUUAGUUAUUUUGUAUUAAAUGUAUAAUUGAAUUUCGUCAGUGGUGCUAAAAUGAGGCGACGGCACCGCCUCGGUACUGUGUAUAUUGUGGCUUAAAUCGAAGUCUGGGCUGGAUGACAGUUGCAGUUAGAAAUAUUUUGCUAGCUUACUAAAAAUAUACCUCUCAAUCUUAAGUCAUAGUACUGACUUUAAAGUGGAAAAUUAAGGAAUACUUAUUUUUUAAAGCAUCAACUACCAAACCCCAUACAGUGUGAGGACCUUAUGAUGCUAGUAGUAAAUCUAGGAGUUUUACUAAAUCUUAGGUUAAAAAUCAUAGCGCUUUGCAUAAGGCGUAGUAAUUGAGAGGUAUGGAGUAAAGGCUUAUGUGAAGCUUUCUUACCAGUGUGACUUCUGUAUGUAAUGUACACAGCAUGUCAUAACUGGUCACAUGAAUGUAGAUUUAAGUAAAACUGCAAUUGUUCGAGUUAAAAUGCAGUCCUUUAUUGUAUAGGCUUACAGGUGGACUGCAGACUAAUAUUUUUACUGCCAUAAUCUGUGACUUAUUGAACCACCAUGUGUGGCCUUCAUAAUUAACCAUUGUGUAAAUGAAUUACUUUUCAGUUAUAACAUGCCGAGGAAUUGACAUUAAAAAGAAUUACUACUUUA